AUGGCGGACCCGUUCAUCGGUUUCGGUGAAGGGAUUCCAGUACGUCCCCGUUAUUUUAAUUGCACUCGUGGAGCAAAAUAAGUUGUAAUUUACAAUCUUAAGUAAUUUUGCAAUAUUAUUUCACUUAAGAAGUGCUGUUUCAAUGUUGUUUUUCAGGUCUUUGAGGACGAAGAACUUCAUGAAUUGGAUCCAACGUUGACAAAUCUCAAAGAAGGAGAAACUUACGACCAGUUAAAUGACGACACAUUUGGCUCCGGUGCUUUAGGUAAGAAAAUACUUUAUACAGGUUAAAGUGUAUUUUUCCAAAGACAUUCUUGCUUAUACACAGUGAGCAAAACCACGUGGUAAAAAUUGGGUAAAUUCGCUCGCUGAAAUAAGUGACAUGGUACAAGCGCGAAGGGUAAACUGCGCAAAGAAGCUCGAUAACCUAAUUUACUUCUGUUAAUUAUCAGAAGGUUUGGAUAUUGAAAAUUUAGGAACCACUUACGUUGUAUAAGAUCUUUUUGGAGUAAAAUGUUCUAUUAAGUCAACAGGACCUGGCUUUGCACUGUAGCAUUGCAGUAAAGCAGGAAGUUGGACCUCUGCUGUAUCAUGAAAAUUUGGUCAUAUUUUAUGAAGCAUGUUGGAUGUCUGUUUUAUCAGAGAAGUGUCACAUAGCAAACCCUUAAUUUUUAACCAAGUUAGGACUAAACAUUCUACAGUUCUUCUUUUUUGAAAUGAAAAACAUGUAUGUUUGGAAUCUCCCCGCCUGCUGAAACACAAAAAACCCAGACUUUAUGGCUUCUUCCCAUCUAUUUUUUUGUAGAGGAUGACUGGGAACUUUCCCACAGGAAGUUGUCAGGUUUGCAUUCGGAAGGGACACAUGAAACUAAAUAUGAUGAGUGGCUUAAGAAGAAAGGGUUUGAACUCCAGUCAAGUGAUCUUAGAUUAACAACAACAAAAGAGUUGAAAAUAACGGGAAAGGAAGAUCCUGAAGAUGAAUUGGACCGAGAAGAGGUAAAGUAGAGUAGUCAAUACAUCAUCAGAUUAAAACCUGCAGUACUCUACCAGCUACUGUUUAAGAUUCAUUUAUAUCACAAUGGUGCCUGACUGCAUGAAGAAGACUUCCUGUACAUGUAUUUACAGGGAAAAUCUCUAAAACGUAUUUGCCUUGUAAAGGGAGAAUUUGAAAUAGACCAGGACUCAGUAAGGACAUUACUCAAUGGACCUUUUCAUUUGAAAGUUAACUAGAAUAAUCUUUACAGCUCACAAUACUUAAGGUUGCCUUGACAUCUACCUCAAGUAAGUAGGAAAGAAUGGCGAAGGAUUAUAAAUGGCUUAAGAAAGGUACCUGUAUUAAGGUUAUUGUACAGCAGUUCAUUUUAGCUGUUGUGAAAACAUUUACUUAUAGAAUCAACUCCUUCUAAAUAGGAGAUUCUUGAACAAAACUUGACCAAACUGGUUGAUGAUGAUGAUGCUGACUCCAUACCCAUCCCCAGAAGGUCCAAGCACAAGGUAUUCUAUUUAGUCAUAUCUAUUUAAAUAGAAUAACUGAAGUUUCAAUAAGCUGGUUAAGCAGCAGCACGAAAGUCACAUACCAACAGCUACAGCUGUAUAUCAAGGCUCAAAAUAACGGACAGCAGGUCGCCGGUCAUGAUGACCGGCCAAUUAUUUUUUAGCCCGGACAAACCCCGAUUUUGGCCGGUCAAAUUAAUUAUAAUUACUUUGUUGCCCAUGGAAUAUCGAAUUACCCUGGCAGUACGGCAUUGUCGUUCGAGUUUUUGCCGCCAAGUUGGUGAAAAAUUCAUUCACACGUUGUUGAGUUCCUUUCCGCGAUUUUCGCCUGUUUUAUGUCCGUUUAUAUAUACCUUCAGCAUCAUCGUACGGCGGUGUCGGAAGUCUCCAAGGUUCGUCCUAUAUCUGUAUAUCGGUGAAACUUGAUCCUUUUCGUUGCCCGGCACAUGAUCGAAAGUCCCCUCCACAAAGAAGAAUUUCGUCGCUAAAUAUUUGCGGUAAAGAAGUUGAUUUGGCAAGAAAUUUGUUCCGCAAACAGGGUAUUCGUCAUCAGAAGUCAAUAAAUAUACAGGAGAGCUUUCGUUUGGGUCGUCACGCAACACUUUAUCGCGAACAGCUUAUCAAGAAGGAGGAUUUUAAACGCCGAUAUAGCAGAGAUAGGCGACGUUCGUUCUCGAUUAGCUUAGUUUUUAUCAGACAAUUCUGGAAUCGUGUCUGCAAAUGAGAUUAUGUUCGACGUAAAGAAAUUUUAAAAUUAAUCGAUGCGCUGAAAUUUAUUCCCAGAGAAACAGUACAGGACGAGGGAUCGAUUAGCCCAAAUCCCGUCGAAGGUGAUUUUCACAGUCCUGUUACAAGUAGAUGUGAAACGUUUGAUGGACAAAAACUGUCACUCAUCCUUUAGUUUUCUAAAAAAUAACAGAUUAUUGUUAGCGAAUGUUUUCCCAAAGAAGGUCGCAUUACUGAUCACAGCAAAGCAGAACGUUUUUCUUUAAAGGGUUUAGUGCAAAGCAGCGAAUUACAGCGUUAUAGAGCAAAACGCAUUAAGCGACAAGCAUCCAAAAAUGACCGGUCAAAAUGACCGGCCAGACGAGAGUUUGACCGGUCAAGCCCACGAUCAGGCCGGACAUUGUCCGUUGACCGGCCGUUAUUUUGAGCCCUGUAUAUACAUUUGGCAUUCUUUCUUUCUGUAUAAAUUACAUGUAUUUCCAAUGAGUGGAACAAAGCUCUCCUUUUGACCACUCUGAAAAGCAACCAGCUUUACUCAGCUCUUGUUACCACCAGUAUUCAAAUGUGGAACUCCAUUUGAACUGUGGCUGUAUUUUUCUUUGUUUUUUGGGUUUUUGUAAGCAACCGCUCAGUCAACACUUGAAUAAGAGCAUUUACAUCUUCAUCAAAUUUAGGCCAACACAUAACAUAAAAUGAUGCUAAUGGUUUGUUAUUCUUGAAUGUAUUGAGUAAGAAAGAAACUAACCUAGAAUGUAUUGGUAAUUAAAAGCAUGUUGCCUUCUCAUAACGUGUUUUAACAAUACUAAUCACAUAGUUCUGUACAAGGACCCAUUUUGUUGUAAAUGCCUUAUUAUUUUCUUGCAUAAAUCAUGUGACUUCUACAUGCCACGUGCUACAUGUGCAUACACUAAAUUAAACAAAUAUCAGUAAGUGGGUCAAAAAAUUGUUUUAUGGACCAACACUACAGUAUUCUGGAAUAAUCCAUAUAAUGUGAAGAAUUAUGCAGAUCAAGGAGAAUGUUAUCAUCCAAGCUGGAUUAUUAACAGCCUCCAAGAUCUGCAUAAUUCUUCACGUCAUAUGAAAGCUGAUUGCAAUAAUAUAUUAAUUGUUUAAUUAUUUUUUACUUGGACCUCAUGGACUUUCUUCAAAACAUUAGCCUGUUUCUCGGCGCAGUUUCAGGAUAUAAACAGGUGGUUUCCUUGCAAAUGCUGCGCAAAAUGUAGAUACUCUGUAACAUCCAUCAAGGAAUAUGUUUUGUGUAUUCUUGGGUUUCUUCCAUUCAGUUUUAGUCAGAAAUUCAGCCAUGAACACCAUUUUUAGUUUACAUAGGAAUUAAUGCAUUAACAGCUAGGUUGCUGUAUCUGGAAACAAGGUUGAUCAAUGGUUUUGAAGCAAUAUACCACUAAAUCAAUGGCAUAUUGCUCACAUUUUUCUGCUGGUUCUGAAGAGUUAGCCAAUCAGAAAUGGCAAAAUAUUUUGAAUGAAUAGUAAUAUUAUUAAUAAUAAUGAUCUUUCCACAUGUACCUCAGGAUAUCAAGCACCCAUCAGGUGUUAAUCCAGUUUGGGAUGGUACUUCACCACUGUCAAGUCCUUCAUCAACAACUUCAAUACAUGAUCUGGUAAGGGCACUCUAAAACAAUUUUCAGUUUAUUUAUGUCCUUCAUGUACACAACAAAUUACAUCCCUUAUCUUAUUGUUUAGGUGUACACCAUGUAUUUAAGAGGAAGCAAAAUGUAUCCAAGUUCACUUGGUUGUCUUACCCCAAGAGAACUUUUCAGAGGCCUUUUUGGUGGUGGGGGGGGGGGGGGGUCAGUAGGGUAGGGACUUUUAGUAGGUCAAACAGGAUACAAUCAAACCCUGGUUUACUGACACCUCAUUAGUAUGGAUGGUUUCUAUGGCCAUUUCAGUGUCCUUAUUAAUGGGGUUUGACUAUAUUUAAUUCCCAGAAGUGGGACUUUACAAUACAUUGGUUUUUAAUAAUAUUAUUCUUAUUAGAGUGACAAUGGAUACUUUAUAAACCAAAAACUUAUAGUGUGGGGGACAUAACAAUCAUGAGUCAGCUAUUUGCAUUAUACACCCGUGCGUGUACAUGCCAUAAUAAUAUUGAAGUAAUAGUUUUGUUGUUGUUUUCAUUGUUGUUAUUGGUACAUGUACUUUGUCUUUUUUUCUAAAUGCUUAUCCCCCCUCUAUAAUGGUAUCCAUUUAUGGGGGCACAAAUGUAUCAGUUACAGAACUGUUAAUAAGGGUGACCUUUCAUGAAGCCUUCAUGUCUUUUAAAAAGUAAACUUUAUUUGAGUGUCAAUGUAUUUAGCAUGAAAGUAUGAAUUGAGGACACUAUUUUUUACAUCUGUUACUGGAGAUGGGACUGCCCUUUUACAUGGCCAUUCAAGCCACGUGAAGGUCUACCAGUUUGCAGGGCAAAGGCAAUACCUUCAUUUUUCAGUUAUUUUAAUACCAGGGCUGAGUAUUGGUCUGGCUCCGGGAAGCAAUCCCACGACCUCCUUCUUUGCAAUCAAGCGUCUUACCGACUGAGCUAAUCCUGUCGUGGUUCUUCAGUGCCACUCAGUAACAUGUACUGUUGGUUUUUCUAGAUCUCACCAUCUUCUAACAUCUGGGGAUCACCCUCUAAACUGGAUAAAGAAAAUGCAAAUAAAGGACCAGUCAAUACUCGACAAUCUCCACUGGCUGAAUUACUGAAGGCAGAAACUGAGAGGAAACGUAGACUGAGGAGACCUUUCUCACCAGCAUUUGAGGUAACUUCAAAUAGUGCCGUGCGCAGUUACCAUUUAUAGACCCAAAACUCAGACAAACAAACUUAAAUUAACAUUAUUAACAUUAAUUAGCAAAUUCCUCACUUUUGUUUGACUUUUGUCAUUAAAAUGUCAUGUUUGUCUGUCUUUUGUCAUUAAAAUGAGAAAAAUGACGAAACUCAGACAAAAACUGCAAAUGAGUCACGCUGAUGUCAUUCAUGCACUACACUGAUAAUUGUACAGUUGAUCCUUUUUGUCUUUGCAGACUGCAUUGUUUUAUUAAAGCAGGAUUCAAACAUGAAAUGACAAAAUGUCUUGACUACUUUUAAACAGUGUUUUCAGCAAAAUUUUCAGUGGCUUAUGAGAUGUGUGUUUUGGUCACUAUCUGGCCACAAAGAACCUCAAUGUUGCUUUCUGCCUUCUGUUCCUGAUGCUUCCGAAUUUCAGGCAUGCACAGAAGGCAAAAUUUCAUGUUACUGAGCUCUCAAUUUUUACCUUCUACUUUCCUGUUUCCUGUUAUAUCUUAUUUUUGUUUCCCCCCCCCCCCUUUUUUCUUUUCCUGGGCAUUUACUAUGCUUCACUUUGGAAGGAAAAGUUUUCAUGAAAACCAGGAGAAUUGUGAAAUAAUUUCACAAUUCACAAUUUAUUAUUUGAAAGGGGGAAGAGAUGGGGUGGAGUGGAGCAAGACUCUUAUUGGAAUUUUCUGUUCAACCUUGCAUGUUUUUUUUUUGGCAUUUUGUCGCACCUGUUUAACUGAAUUGUGCUCAUUUGUGUAUACAUGUCGAUGGAAAGAUGACUCAUUCACAAAUUAGGUGGCAAAGUUGUCUACGACCAUUAAACUAAUAACACCACAACAGUUUACAAAGAAAGUUAUGUCCUGUAGAGUGGGCAAGUUAGAGCUUAUGAUCAGGCUAGUGAGUUCUUUCUUAACUUGCCCAAUGGGAAUGCAAAGUUCUGUUUCAAAGUGUUUUUAGUGCUGUAAGACACUGAAGCUUUGUAGUAAAUUCAUGUUGACCAAAAGCCAUAUUUCUUAACUGAUGUGACAAAGGAAAAUCUCGAAAAACAAGUAUCACAUGACGUUUCAUGUCAGAUUAGACAUUGUGUGAUCGGCAAAGUCUUUACUCAAAAUACCUUAGAAGUAAGGCUCCUAAAGCUUUCAUUAAAUUAUCUCUUGCAUUAAGAAAUAUAUGAUUAUUAGCGAAUAAAGAAAGCAGGUAGUUAAUUAAUGGUGGUGGGUGCUUAUGUAGUUAAUUAAUAAUUAAUAAGAAAUUAUUAAUCGUGGUCGAAAAUAAAAUUUGGGGGUUAGUCAAAUGACUUUUGAGAUAGUACAAUGUAUACCGUAAACUUCUGCUAAUACCCCCUCAAUUUUUUACAACAUUCUGAAGUGAGUAAAUUAGAAAACGUAUUUUGAUCAGCUCUGCUAUGAAGUUUGUUUUGAAAUGUUUUCUAGUCCAGUUAUAAGCUCCCCUAAUAGGUGUAAAUUAUAAGCCCCACCCCCCAUUAAUAAGCCCUCCUAAAGCCCCUUACAAAGACAUAUACAUGUAAGCCCGUACCUUAUAAGCAGAAGUUUACAGUAUGGUAGCUGCCAACUUUCUUUGCACCCUGAAGUGAGUACAAAGGAUGAGGAUCUGCAAGCCUAGGGUGGUUUUAGGUAGUUCAGGUGUGAAUGGGUUAACGUUGCUUUCUUUGCAGGAUGAUGCCAUAGUGACAGCCAUACCACCCCCAGGGCUGAUACCACCAAGCCGUUUCAUGAAAAAACCACCCCCAGUAAAUGCUAUUAAGCUGGAGGACCUUGAAAAGGAACUCACUGGUGAUAGCAGUACCCCUCCCCAGCAAGUGCCAGAAGGUCCAAAACAAACCCCUCGCAAGACAAUGAUUGGCCAGCCACCGCCUGGUAUCCCCAGACCAAUGAUGACACCUCCUGGAUUACCAUCUCCUGCAUCUGCGAGGAUGGUUAGUGUCUGCAUUAUAAAGAUCUUACGGUAUCACAGAAUCAUAACACAGUAUUGUAAUGUAAAAUCAUUGCAAUCCACACAAACCAAUCACAAUGAGUAAUGCAUUGAUUCCAUUUACAUGUAUCCCUUAAGGCUGAACAAGGCGAGGUGAAAAUUAAAAAAAGAUGUGCCUUUUCGAGCAAACAGUACUGUUCCUGAAGCGUGCUUAGCCCAGUGUAGCCAUGCAGGCCCACUAACCCUGACAUUAAAGAGAUUAAUAUUCAUGUUUACGCCAAAUGGCAGACGUGGAUUUGUAUCACAUAACCAAGUUUUCCCCUGAUUUUCGUUUGCUCUUUAUUGCUUCUACACAAAAAAGAGUAGUUUUAUGUCAGUUUUAACGAUAGGAAUCAUUCGGGACUGUUUUUAUCUCAUUAUUUUCUAUUCUGAGAAAUUCUCAACUUGAGACUGGCGUUUGCCGUUUGCAGUGAACGUGAAUCUUAAUCUCUCUAUUUACUUUGUCUUCACCUUGGAAAAUAUUGCAUGCCCUUUAGACAACUUGUAAUUAAAGCAUGCUUACCAGCUGGGUCCCUCUACUAGCCCUAGGCUAUCAGACAGCCCUUUUUUUAUGCCUUACACAAUAAAUAGAACUAUAUUAUUUUAGGCUUUUGUUUUCACUUUCUGUCUGCCUAAGUAAAGGGUGCAAGAGUGUGAAGACCAGUUGUUACAAAGAAACCAUGCAGUUGAAAGGUUUUCAGUAAUUAUUAGUAAAUAGAUCUCAAAGACAAGAACAAUAGACAGUGUUUAUAUAUGUAUGAACUUGAAUACUGCAAAAUACAUAAUUAUGUAACGUUCCUGGGGCCUGUUUCUCGAAAGUCCCAGUAACUUUACGGGCCCGAAAUCAAAUAUUCAAAUCGAAAUAUAAAGAAUAAGAGCGCGGGUCCUGGCUAGCAAACUACUCCAUUUUGUUUCAUUAACUGACAGUUUUAUUGUGUUAGAUGCAAAACUAUUGAAACCCCGAUCUUUAAUGUAAAAGGAGACAGCUUACCGGGCCCGUUAAUUAUCGGAAAUUUCGAGAAACGGGCCCCUGGCCCCAGUUGUUCAAACAGUGGUUAAUGCUAUUCACUGAAUAGCAAAGAAUAAUAAGUAUAUACUGAAACAAAGGAUAAUAUAAAAUGCUCAAUUAGGCAGGGAUACCACAACAGGGGUAAGCCAAUAUUACAGUAGUCCCAGAGUUUAAAAAAUAUGUGAAAAAAAAGUAAAGCUACAUAUGACAAUUAAAAGCAACAAUGAAGAUGGAGAGACGCAUUACAUGUGAACGUUAUAUGACGGACAGAUGGUUUUCCAGGAUCGUGGGUGGUAGUUAUGUUCUGAACCAUCUACAUAGUACUAAUACAUGAUGGAUUUGAAUUGACUGAUAUGAAGGUUACAUUAAAGUUGAACAUCAUUUACUAACGUGUUCCAGAUUCUGGUGGUUCUGUUAAAAAAAGGUCUAUGAAAAGUGACAGUAUUACAUUGAUCUAAAAUACUCAGCACUGAGCAAGUCACCGAAAUAGUAAAUAGAAAUGUGUGUUAUUGUUCACAGCAUACUCCAGCAAGGCCCCCUCAGAUGUUUCAGCAGAGACCGAGUCCUUCCAACCACAGUAUUCCUGGAAUGCCUGUUAUGCCUGGAAUGUCUAACAUGCCUGGAAUUCUUGGUCCUGGUCCAGGCCCAGGCCCUCAUAUGAUGAGAACUCCAAGGACACCUUUUCCAAGGUCUCCAUUUCCCAUGAUUCACUCAGACCCUGGUGGGUACAAUUUAUAGUACAUGAUGUGAUGCAUGAUUUUGUGAAGUAAUUCCCAGUCGAUUUCAGUUCUAAUUACAAGGUUUUCUCUCACCUUGUUAGGCUUAACUUAAGAAUAAUAAAACAAAUUAUUAUCCAGUUUUAACAUGUCCAGUUGGUACAUUGUUUGUGUGCUUCACAUAUAGAUUGGACAAUCCAACAAUAUAAACUCUUAAACCUCUUUUUUUGCAAGAUUCAGAUGUAAAAUUGUUAAAAUUAGUUCUGUGAGGUCAGCCAAAAAACAAAAUAUGUUACCUAGGAUUGCAAUGCUGUCAGUUGUGAUAACAGAGCCAGGGUGGUGUAGUGGUGAGAGCACUCAACCUCCCACCAAUGUGGCCUGGAUUCAAAUCCUGAUGUGAACACUAUACAUGUAUGUAGGUGGAGGUGCUCUGAUUUGCCCCUUUCCUCAAAAACCACACUUCCAAAUUCCAGUUAGACCAGGAAUAAGUUAGACAAUAAGCCACCAAGUGGAAGUGCUACCUCUAAAUCAUUAAUUUGUAUUAUUUAUUUAUUUAAAAAGUAGAAUGUAAGUGUAUAUGAUACCUGUCAAAAUUAAAUUUAGGUUAAAGUUUUUUAACCUAUUAAGGUUGAUUCUCGGUUUCCUUUGUCUCCUAGCCCUAAUUAUUCAUGAAUUAGGGCUAGGAGACAAAAGAAAUUAAGAAUCAACCUAGUUUUUAAUAAAUUUUAACCUGAAUAUAAUUUUGACCUGUAACAUUAUACAUUCAAAAUUUUAUUCUGUAACAAGGUCACCUAAUGUUACAAAGAGGCAUGCUGAACUUUCCAGUGAGUCCCCAGCACCCAAGAUUUGCCAGUCCUCAGUUUCAUAACAGAAGAUUUCCAGACCCACGGCAGAAUUUUCCUAGACAGCAGUAUGAUAACCGUUUCUUUAAUGAUAAUCGCUCACCCAGACAGCAGGAUAGAGGUGAACAUCAACACCAGUUUACUGACUUGGAGAGGAAAAUUCACAACAUCCUAACAAUGGCAGAAAGUGCCCCAAGAAAGGAUGAUCCAUAUGCUGGGCUCAUGACUAGAAGAGAAAAGGAAUGGUUGAUCAAGAUCCAGUUAAUUCAACUCACUAGUAAUGAACCUGAGCUUGAUGAUUACUACUUCCAGGUACAUAUUGGUGGUUUUCAUUGCCAUGCCAUCACCAAUCAAAAUCAAAACCAUUCAAUCAAAGUAAAAACUCUGGGAAAUGGAGGACCAAAAGUCUUGCCAAGAAUUUGAUUUCUCUGAUUUUUGAUAUGUGAGAUACUCAGGAAAACAACUGUUUUACCCACAUUUAUAAAGCUUUGUAUAAAGACGCCAGGUUGGUGUCUGUUUGAGAGGCACAACCAUGGCAGCCGAAUACCAACAGAAACAUCUGUCUUUAUUAAAUCAUAAUUUCUGCCAUAAAGCAUGAAUUCAUUGCUUGAGGAACUCAUAAAGAUUAAAGUGAUAUUUAUCCAGAGACAAGUAAUGUUCAGAUAGCAAAAUCUCAAACGAUCGAUAACUUUUUCAACCUACAUGAUAGCUUUCUCAGCCGCCAUCUAAAUGUUACAUCACGCAAAACCUUGGAAAUUCAGGCUUGCUCUCUUGCAAAUCCAAGAACCUUUUUGACCAAAAACUGGUAUAAACAAUCAUGUUUAGAUGCUGUAAUACCCCAUGAAAGUAAACACACAGUAGAAUAAUUUUUUUGGUAAUUCUUUAGUUUGCGUUUUGGUGCUGUCUUGUCAGAAAAGGUAGGGCCAUUUGCUGGGACAAAAUUAAUCAAGGUGGUGCUGUAAAUGAGUUGGCUGUAUGGUAGGCCGGGGGGUUCCACAGUCCUCUUUUCACUCUUUAAAAGGGCCACUUUAAGAGCACAGAUGAGGGCAGUUGCUUGGAGAGCGAAAAUCUUUUUAGUCGAAUAGUGCACAGCCUUCUCUGCAAGAGGUCCCCUGGUGUGAGCCCAAAUCCUUGUUUACACUUUGUUCCUUUCCGUAUAGCUUUAAGUAGCUUUAAAUACCUGUAAAACUGAGCACUAAUGGAGAUAGAAGGGGGGAUAAAAUGAGCGCAUUGUUUAAUGUUGACCUUAGCUUUGGCAUUUUAAUGAGUAUUGUUAUAAGUUAUAGGCCUUUCUUAUUUACGUUUUAGUGUCUAAAAUACCGAUUUGUAUUUACAUUGUUUUCAACUUUUGUCAGACGUACACAAGAAGAAAAGCUGCUAAAGAACGUGAGAAGCAGAGCGAGGGUGUUCAGUUGCGGCCCAAUAUUGAAGACAACAGGAAGAGUAAUGAGACAACCAAGAUGGCAUUACCACAGUUUGAAAGGGAAAAGAAGACCUACACCCCAAGUGAGUGCAAAUUAUGUACAAGUGCUCGCAUUUCUUAACUAUCUUUUCUUAAUGAAACCUUAGAGGUCUUGUGAUCUCCUACAAUGGUAAUUGCCAAGACCAAUACAAUUAUUUUAAGGUUUGUGACGUAACAGGUGAUAUUCUGUAGCAUACUAGCUGCAGCUUUACUGAAAUACCGUAAGCUUCUGCCUAUAAGCUCCCCCCUCCCACCCCUCCCCACUUAUAAUCUCUCACAGUAAUGGACCCAUCUACCUGUAAACAAAAUAAUACACCCGGUUAUAAGCCCCCCCCCCCCCCCCGGAUAUAAGACCCCCUCUACCUUGUAUUGAAAUGAAUUCGUUUUUUUAUGACGUUUAAGUUUCGUAGCUUGAAGAGUGAGAAAAUUAAAAAAUUUACUCAAAAUUUAAUUUUUUGAUCAGCACUGCUACAGUGUAUGUAACUUGAUUUGAAAUGCUUUUUUUUUAGUCCAGUUAUAAGCUCCCCAGAUACAAGCCUCCCCCGAUUUAUAAGUACUCCUAAAACCCCUUACGAAGUUCUACACCAAGCGAAAGGUUACGGUAAGUCAAUGUGCAUGUAAUUGUUUUCUUUUUUACAGCGCAUUACCAAGGAACUCUGGGAAAAGUGUCUUCAUCAUCUGUACAACAUCCAAGGCAAAUGGUGGAUUUAAUGCACAUCACUAAAACACCUGAACAGGUACAGUACUACUGCCUGGGCUGCUGACUCACUGUUACCUUUGUUGGAUUAACUGCAGAAUACCCGGCCAUUUGGAAGCUAUACCCCUAAUAACAGUGGCUACUUGGCUAGGCGGCUACAGGGCUGGUUAUUAGCUGUAACCUGAUUAGGAUUUCAUAUGUAUUGGCCUAAAAUAUUUCAAACGACCGCAGCAUUUCCCGCUAAUUGUAAAUAGUAAUAGAAAGCUAGCCGCGUAGCCACUUAGUGUUAGAGUUACUGUUAAGGUUAGCUACGUAGUCACGUAGCCACGUAGCCACGUAGCCACUUAGGGUUAGAGUUACCGUUAGGGUAAGCUGCGUAGCCACUAGCCACGUAGCCGCGUAGCCAUGUAGCUACGUAGCGACUGUUAAAGGGAUAUAGCUUCAAAAUGGCGAGGUAUUCUGCAGUUACUCCCCUUUGUGGCAUGAUUAAUAGCAAGAAAUAUUUCUUUUAAUUAUUCAUUCAAAAUGUUUCGCCAUUUCUAAUUGGCUGAAAGCCCCCAGCUUAUUCUUCAUAACCAACUGGGACUGACCAAAUAUGGAAGGUGGGAGCAAUAUACCAUCAGUUCGAUGGUAUAUUGACUUGGAAACGAGGUUGAUCAACAGUAUAUUUGCCUAGAAACAAGGCUCUAUGGGCAACUGAACAGACUAUUGAUCAACCUCGUUUCCAGGCGUUGCCGCCUAGCUGUUUAUUCUCGAGUGAGCUAAAAGAAAUUUUGUUCACGGCUAUCCGAAGUUAGUAUGAUGAGCAAGUUAGUAUGUUGAUAAAUGAUAGUAUCCUCAACGAUCAUUGCCGUAAAGUCAGCAAAACUACUGCAGACGAUAGCAGAUGUUUGAAUAGUGAAUGCUAACUAAAAUAAUUAUGAAAACUAAAAGGAAUUAACUUACAACUUUGCUGAACAUCUCAUGGCGGAUCCAGGCGUUCACAUAAGAGGCGGAGAAGAGGGGGGGGGUCUCAAAAAAUUUUUUUUCGUUCCCUCCGGCCCUCAGUUUGGUCUAAAAAUGUCUUAAAAUAAGGUGGGGUCUCGCCCUCCCCCUCCCCCCCGAGCGAGCCCCUCCCCUGGAUCCGCCACUGCAUCUGAAUGGUUACUUGACUCCUGCUAGGAGAAACAUGGAAGUUCAACACCUAUGAAGGAAACAAAACGACGUGGACAGCUGUUGCUCACUAUAGAAAAGGUACUGUGUGAUAGGGACAUUGUGGCUAAGAUUUUAUUCUAAGAUUUGUUAUUGUCUUUAAAGAACAAUAAAUUGACCUUUCCACAGUUUUUUCUACUUUUGACAUGGACAAGUCAGGAAAAAUCCGUAGAUUCCGCUGGAAAGAGCACCUUCAACAUUAGUGCGAUUUCCAAAUUUAAAAGUGAUUUGUUGAAAACUAACGAAGCUAUAGCUCCUCAGAGUCGCGAAAUUUUACAGUUUUGCGUGGUGGAGGGCACAAACUUGCCUGUAGUUGUACUCUUUAGAUGGUUUUUGACUGAUUGUUCGGAACGCUCAAACUGUGCCUUUCACUCUCGCUUUCAGGGUUAUGAUCAUCUGUUGAAUGUUGAAAGUUUAGACAAAAAGUUAAUUCAUCUCGAGGAAGAGGAAAGGUGUGUAUGUUGUCAAAAAGUAUGUACAUUUGAUUUCUUUACCCACUUAGUUCCCGUUAACACGUAUCCGUUUUUGUUUGAAAGUGGAGAUUUUUUUUCUCCGCUUUUCUCCUCACGUUGCGUUUUUGAAUCGUUUUUUCCCGUGCAAGCGAAAAUGCAGUAGUUACUGAAAGCGGUACCUUCUUUGAUUGGAGCAUGGGCAUUUCGUCUCAUCUCGUGCGCGGGGUAGGAUCGUGGAUCCAACACCGCAACGUAUUCGUUUUUCCUGCAUCCACACGAGUCCAGCAAACGGCGUUUUCGAAAAUUUUGGCUCUGGAGAGUGAUUUGAAAAGAUGCGUUUCCGCUGACCGUUUUCACCGGACACGGGUGGACGAUAGGCCAAACCAGAGGGAAAAAAAUCUCCAUUUUCAAACACAAACAGAUACGUGCGGUGUGGACAGGGACUUAAACAUUUAAGAACUCUCAAAGGAGCUGUGUCACGAAUUCAAACAGAGGGAACUGCCACCAAAUUGACUGAAACAUAAAAAUAACCACUCAAAACGUAAAAAGAAGGACGUAUAAAUAACAGCAAAUACAGAAGGAAGCACGGAUGGAUAAACUUGAAGAACAAGAUUGAAACAGAUUGCAUUCGGUGGUUUUUGAAAACUUGUUAGGCUAACUGUUUUUCAAAGUUCCUUUUUGUUGUUUGUAAGGACUGAGAUUAUGCUUGGGAGACACAUUUGUUUGACACAAAGCUGUGAUUUUGUCAUUCACAAGUAAUUUUUUCAAGUUUCGUUGCGAAUAAGGACCCAUAACUGGUAUCAACUGGCAUUAUGAACAAAAUAAACUGUGACACAGCUCCUUUAAGAACUCGUUUAGUGUAGGAAAAGUGUUGGUUUUUGAGGAGAGGGGAAAACCGGCGUACUUGGAGAAAACUUCUAGGAGCAAGGGAGAAAACCAGCAACGAACUUAACCCAUCUACGGCCUUGUGGAGGGCACCACUCUUGGUCCCCCAGCUAACGCUAAUAAUAUCAUUUUCAACAAAGUGCCCGCUCGUAUGUUGAGACGUUUUAUUUUUGCGUGUGCGUGAACUGAUAUUUGUUUGUUUGUUUGUUUUUCAGAAAUGAGCUUUUGAAAACUAGACAACUUGCUGUUACAAAGCUAUUCAAUCUCUUGAAACUUUCUACAGAUGACACUACAAAGUAUGUUUGCGCACUGCGUUCUCAUUUCUUGUUCACUUUACUAUUUUUUAAUAGGGCGAUUUUCGUCUGACCUUGACAUGAAAACGCGCGAGCAAAACAGGAACCACAGGAACGGAAAUAGAGCGAUUUGAUUGGUUUAUAGAAUUUAUACAAACGCGUGUGGCUUUUGGUUGUUUAAGCGAACGCGCGGGUGAGAAACCUUCCCCGACAACUUUCUAGAAAUCAGCCGAUACUUCACUUUGACGUCAUAAACACGAUUGGCCAAUCGAACGAUGCCUUCUCCAUAUUAGGGUUUUCUUUGGCGGGAAAACGAAGAGGCCCUGUUUUGAUUUUUUUUUUCAUCCAUUGGCUAAUAAAACAAAUAAGGAACACUUACCAAAACCAUUUUUCAAGGUCAUACGAAAAUCGCACUAACCAAUUGAGUUCCCUAAUGCUCAAAAAAACGUCUACGUUCUGCUUCGGUAUGACUGACCAUGGUAGGAUUAGUUCGGUAGGAAGAGUGCUGACCUGCAGAGCGGGAGGUCGCGGGUUCUAUUCCCGUGACCAGACCAAUAUACUCAGGGUCUUAAAAUAACUGAGGAGGAAGAUCCUACGUUUUUCUUUUCAUGUUACAGUUAUCGGGAUAAUCCCGACGUGGAGGCCUGGGUAAAGGGCUCAAAUGCAGGCCUUACCUUUUACCCCUUGUUUGAAGGGGCUUUUUCACGAAUGUUUUCAAAAUUCAGAUAGUACAUGCAAGAACUGCCACCAGAUAGAGAGCAACAUAAAAAAAACAGCUCAAAGUAAUUAAAGGACAUUUAAAUAACACAGCAAAAACAAAAUAAGGCAUGGAUGGGCAAACUCGAAGAGGAUUAAAACGGAUUGCAAUUUUGGUUUUGAUACAUGUAACUUGUUAGGCUAACGUUUUUUCAAAGUUCAUUUUUGUCGUUUGUUACAUAUGGUGAGGAGACAAAUUUGUUUAACUAAGUGUUUUUUUUUUUUGCCUUGUACAGUUUUUUUUUUUGGGGGGGGGCUAACUUUAUGUUCCCUAGCAAAAAACGACGCGUAAUUGGCAAUAUUGACAAAUUAAUCUAGACAGCCAUGACACAACUCCUUUAAGAUUCUGUUUUCUCACAAUCAAUUAAUAAUGAAUGUCCGAGGGUGGAGAGAGGUUUUAAUCCCUUCUGACAAAUUGAUGCAGGAGUCAAUUUAACAAAACUCUUACAAGUGUAAUUUACAACUGUAGCCAUUGUUUAAGAGUCUGAAAACAAUAGCUACACUUGUAAAUUAAACUUGCAAGAGUUUUAUUAAAUUGACCCUAGGUCACUUUAUAUGUACAUGUGUAUUUCUAAAAACACAGUCAAAACAUGUUGACGCAUCAUUCUUGUUUUUCUCUUGCCGCGGAAUUCCCAGAACUAAGGAAAUGUAUUGUGUAUUCUUCUUUUUCAGAUGUGAUGAUGAAUUCUUUGUACAGUUUCUAUUGGUUCUUAAAGGAAAACGUCUUCUCAGUAGAUGUCUACCAGUCUUUAACACGGUAGGCAGAUCAAGUUAACUUCUCCAUUAAAUGUUUUAAACUAAUCAUUAUGCUCCUUCUUUCUGCUUCUUGAAUUUGUCAUUAGGGAGUUUACGCAACGACGAAGGCGACGGCUUCGAAAACCUCACUUAAAAAGUGAGUUUGCGCUGCCUCAAACUUUAUCGCGCUUAUUCCAUCUCGUUUAAUUCGUCAGAUGUUGGCAAAUUGUUGUGGAGUUGAAUUCUAAAGGACUGCAUCAAAGUUCAGGAAAAGAAAAAGAAAGUUGUUGUCUUUUGUUCUCGUCCUCGACAAAACGUGAAAUUAGGCAGUUUCACGUUGUAUUCGUGCAACGACGGCAGAGAAAUGUACAAAAAAGCGUGAUGCACGUGCAAACUUGUUGUUUUCAUUGUCUAAACCUAUUGUUUUUUGCCGUUCUCGUUGCCGUCGUCGUCGUCGUCGUCGUCGUCGUUGCGUAAACUCCCUAUUGUCAUCAGCAAAUGGCUGAUCGCCUUUCUAAGCCAUAAAAAGAGUCAUGGUAGAGCAAUUUUCAUGUAUUUGGUUAAAAAGUAAGUUGAUGGUGAUUUUUACAGUUUUCGGACAAAGCUGAGCUGAAAUUUUAACUAAGUAUUCUCAGUCAUCAUUUUCAUAAUUGGAACUGUGAGAGAAAAAUAUCAAAUGAUUCUAUUGAAGGGAAAAUAAAGCGUGAUUGGUUUUUGGUCAUUUUUUGACACAGGAAUGUAACUUGAAAAAGCUGGCCCAAUUGUUUUAAUUUGCAUUCCGUUUUCAUGCCUACCUUUGAAAGUCAAUGACCUAAUUUACAGUUGAGAUACAUAAAUCAUUUUAGUGUUUUCUUUGAUUCCAACCUGUUUUUUAACUUUUUUGUAGCACCAAAAAUUUCAUGGUGACAUAGCUCCUUUAAAAUCGACGAGAAAAAGGUUCUUGGUGUGACUCGCAGAUCGCUACAGAUGUUUUGAUUUUCCUGUCAGUCUCCUUUGACCCAUGAUUUCGACUAGCCAUGCGUUCCCAUUUAUAUAGUGUUAGGAUGGUCGGUUGUGUUAAGAGCUUGUAUUUCUUUUUACAUAUAACCCUCUUCAAGCAAAAUGGCUUAACCGUCUGACGUAAACAUUGACCGAACAGAAUUCACGAAAAGGUCCAAAUGUCCUUAGGCCUCUCCCUUUCUGUCUUUGUUUGGCGUCGUCUGACCGACCCAAAUUUUUAGCAUUUUCAAAAAACAAGUAUUGGUAAAACUUCUUUUUAACUUUAAUUAACUUUAAUUAAUUUCUUUUGUGAAUCUCACAAAACCGUGAGCACCAGAAAUAUUUAUGAAAUGUUAUUGUGUUGCGAGAAAUAAGCCAAUAAGGCGCGAGAUUCGAGCGAGAUAACUAAACCGCAAACAGCAACGGUAAUCAGUUUGUGGUUUUGAGGUUUGCUUGCGUAUCCUGAACUUUGAUGUGAUUGGCCAGUACACAAUAAACGUUCCUGAAAUUUUUCGGGUGUUCACGGUUUUCUAAGUUUGACAGGAAUCUGAAAAAUGAGCAUUGUAACAACUUUUCGUAGCAUGGUUCAUGCUGUGUAUCCUUAUUGAUUUUUUACAAUGCGAUGUUGUUUCCAGGCUCAACAACAAUGAUGCUGGGGUACCAGACCCAAUACGUGUUGUUUGGUUUUUUUUUGUACUUUUUUUUUUUAUCCGACCGACCGAGCCCAAAUCAGGAAAUGCAUUCGAAGCUAAACGAAAAAAAAGUGCAGUUGAUGAGGUUUCAUUUGUUUCACACCGCUCAAUUUUGUCCUCAGAUUCGAAAGUUGAACUACAUACUGAAUGAAUAGUGCUUUGUGAGAGUACUGCUUUUACAUGGCUUUGCAGUCUGCAGAUUUACAAGUUACAUGUCACUACUGAGCAAGGGUGGCGCAGUGGUGAGAGCACUCACCUUCCACCCAUGACGCCCGGGUUCAAAUCCUGGCGUCGACGCCAUAUGUGGGUUGAGUUUGUUGUUGAUUCUCUCCCUUAACCCAAGAGGUUUCUCUCCGGGUACCCCAGUUUCCCCCUCUCCUUAAAAACCAUCACUUAUUUAUUUUUUAGUAUUGUAUUGUAUUUUAUUGUAUUAUGUAAUGUAUUAUGUGGUAUUGUAUUGUACUGUACUGUACUGUAUUGUAUUGUAUUCAUUUUUUGCCGUUAUUUUCAGACGCAGAUAGAAGCCGUGUUGAUGGCCAUUACCAGGAAUAUCGUGACACUUAUUAAGAAAGACGCCAAUGAAGAGGUUUAUCUAUACAUUAAAAUGUUUCGUUGUAAUGAUGAGUAGCGCACAGUGUGGCCAAGUGGUCAGCGCAUCGGAUUCGCGGUCCUGUGUUCCUGGGUUCAAGGCCCGCUCUGGCCUCUUGCUUUGUUUGUUUACAGACGUCCCGAGCUCAAAUCCUCGGCCAGACUUUUGAAUAGCUUUCCGUUCGUGGUUUUUAAUCCUGAUAUGUUCUAUAUUUGAAUAGAGUGUAGGGGCGAACGGAGGAUUUUGUGAUAGAGGGCGCCUAGAGAUAUAGUAUACAGUGUCAAUAUGGGCGCGAUCUCACCUAUCAGGACUGCGAACGGCGCACUUUUCUAGGGAGUUUCGGGCGCUUGCUCCUCCGGGAAAAUUUUUGAGAUUGAAUUUCUCUGAGAUGCAAUCUAGUGCAUUCUGGACGCUUAAAUCUUUCAGUUUGUCGGUUUGAAGCCAGUUUAUAAGGGUGGUUGAUUCGAAAAACGUUCGAUAAAUUUUCUUUUUAACAAUGUUUAUUAAAGAAAAUAUAUUUAAGUUACAAAACUCGAAGUACCAUCCGACACACGUUUACAAAAGAAAAAAACUAUUCCCGGACAAAAGCGGGGGGGCCGGGGCCCCCUGGGCCCACCCCUACAUCCGCUCUUGGAGUGCCUGUUAACUGGCUGGAUAAGCUAACUGCACUUCCACUAUAAACAAACCUGUUUGAACGAACAGUUCUUUACUCAAAUGUUUUGUCAUUCCACUGCAGAUCCUACAUCAUCUCAUGGUUCCCUUGACUCGAGUGUCAGAGCUUGUCUCAUCGUCCGUUGUGGUUCACUGUCUCAAGGACGUUGUCUUUGCACAACCCAUCGCCCAUACGCAAGCAUCACCUCUCCGUGUACUUUUGGUUAAUCAGGUACUGGUAUUACCAAGCUAAGACAUCCUAGACUUUCUUUUCAUCAAAGGUUUCCUUCGUGAAGUAAAGCUCCUUGUUGGAGUCCGCAGUCUUAAUCUCCAGGUUGCUAUUGCGCAUGAGCGGCACUUAUGUAGCCAGGGGCCAAUUUGAUAAAAUUUUACAAGUGUAAUUUUUGAGAGUCUGAAAACAAUAGCUACACUAGUAGAUUACGCUUGUAAAAGUGAAUUGACCCCAUCAUUCGUUUGGACUACCACCAAGAAUAAAAGGCAUGCAUCAGCAUAGAACGUCUACCGCGUGGAAAACGUACGCAGAUCACAGUAUUACAGCAAGAACGCUUUGACCUUCGAUCUAUCUCACCCGUACUCCCUUACCUUUGGUUAUUACCAGCAAAAAGACAUCAUCAGCAAUUUCGUUGUCAUUUGAGCUCUUUUUGAGUUUACUUGGGAUACCUGUGGAAUGGCCAGGCCCCUGUUGUUCAAAAGGUGAAUAAAGCUUUGGAAAUUACAGUGACUAGUAAUCUUGCACUUAAUCAAGUGUUCAAGGACUGAAGAUUAUCAAGAGAAAAAGACAUGAAAAUUAUUAUAAUCAUCAUCAAAGGGAAAAUGCUUUGUCAAAUUCUGUCAACGAGCUCUUUCGGGAAAUGCAUGGAGAUCAGUUUGGGAAUUUGUAACUGGAUAUUGACGCUUAAAGGGUUAAAUUGGCACUAGAACUCUUAGGGCCUGUUUACAAGGAGAGAGGGUUACUCUUGUCCUAGGGUUACCCUAGCAAGCGGGCCAAAGUUAGCUCUUGUUUACAAGCACAGGUAGGGUUACCCUUUCAACCGGGUCAACUUUACCAGCUUUGCUGACGUGUAUCGUCAUGC